CCUGCCAAAUGGAGAACACAACAGCAACCAGCAUGACGCCACCAUCGCCGCUCCCAUAUACUAACACGCUCAUGCACACCAAGUUCCUCCUCGUGCUCCUUCCCGUCAUCUCAUCCGUGUUGUUGCUACUCGGUGCACGUCGCGGCAAGAAAUGGCCGGCGGUGGUCGGCAAUGGCAACCGCCUGCCGCCCUCUCCGUGGAGACUCCCCGUCAUCGGCAACCUCCACCAGCUCGGCCGCCUCCCUCACCGCUCGCUGCGCGCGCUCGCCGCGUCGCACGGCCCCGUCAUGCUCCUCCGCCUCGGGCAGGUGCCCGCCGUCGUCGUCUCAUCGGCGGACGCCGCGCGGGAGGUGAUGCAGGCGCAGGACCACGUGUUCGCCAGCCGGCCCUCGCUCACCAUCCCGAGGAGGCUCCUGUACGGCUGCACCGACAUCGCCUUCGCGCCACACGGGCCCUACUGGCGCGGCGCGCGCAAGAUGAGCGUGCGCCACCUCUUGAGCCCGGCGAGGGUGCGCGCCUGCCGCGCCGUCCGGGAGCAGGAGGUGGCGGCGCUGGUCCGGAGAGUCGCCGAGCACGGCGCCGGCGUCGUGCGGCUUAGCGAGCUCCUGAACGGCUUCGCCAAGGACGUCGCCGGCAGGAUCGUGCUCGGGGUGCGCGCCGCCGGCGACAGCGGGUGGCGCGCCAGGGUGGACGCGCUGCUGGAGGAGAGCAACGCGCUGCUCGCCGCGUUCCAUGUCGGCGACUACGUUCCGUGGCUCUCGUGGGUCAGCGCCGUCGACGGCACCGACGCCAGGGUGCGGAGGGCAUUCCAGAGGAUCGACCGGAUCCUCGACGAGAUCGUGGACGCCGCCGCGGCAACGGGCGGCGAGAUCUCACCGUCUUCAGCGGUAGAAGAAGCGGAUGGCGAGGCAUUCAUCCACGUGUUGCUGUCGCUCCAGCAGAAGGACGACGAAGCUCCUGGGACAGCGGAGUGGCGCCUCACCAGGGACAACGUCAAGGCUCUCUUAGAGGACUUGUUCGGCGCCGGGACAGAGGCAACGAUCAUCGUCUUGGAGUGGGCCAUGGCGGAGCUGCUCCGGAACAAGGAAGCCAUGCACAAGCUGCAACUCGAGGUGAGACGACAAGCUCGGACCACCAGCAACCAUAGCAACCUGAUCAGGGAGCAAGACCUGCCGGGAAUGGAGUACCUGAGGGCCGUGAUCAAGGAGACGAUGCGCCUGCACACGCCGGGUCCCCUGCUGCUCCCGCACAAGUCGAUGGAGGCCACCCGGCUCGGCGGCGGCCGGUACGACGUCCCCAGCGGCACCACGGUGAUCGUGAACGCGUGGGCCAUCGGCAGGGACCCGUCGGCGUGGGAGUCGCCGGAGGAGUUCCGGCCGGAGAGGUUCGUCGGCAGUGCGGUGGACUUCCGGGGCCGGCACUUCCAGCUGAUCCCGUUCGGCGCCGGGCGGCGGAUGUGCCCCGGGGUGAACCUCGCCAUGGCCGUCGUGGAGCUCGCGCUCGCCAACCUCGUGGCGCGGUUCGACUGGGCGCUGCCGGACGGCGAGCCGGUGAUGGACAUGGAGGAGACGCCCGGGUGCACGUCGUGGAAGAGGGCCCCGCUCCGCGCCGUUGCCACGCAGCACUAUUGUUAAUUGCUGUGGUUUUUUUCCUGAUCGAUCAACACGUGUUCAAGUCAGCUUCGAGUACCAUCUACUAUCACCAAGUCGUUAGAGAGGAAAGUUUUCAGAUCGUGGAAGUCGUGCUGGUCACUAAAAAGUACUACCUCCGUUCUUAAA